CGUGUAUAGACGAUCUUUGGUAAAGCUAGCCGGCUAACUAGUAGCUCAAAGAGACGCCAUUAGUUGGGUGAAAACCAGGCUUUCAUAUUAGGCUGAAAGGGGAACUAGCUCACAGUUCAGACACAUUUCCGCUACACCUGUUGGUAGAUAUCGAUGAAAGGGAGAUUCGCGUAUGUUGUCGAGGUGUUCUUCUCCUGAUUUGAGCUGUUUUUCUCAAGUCGGAAGCUGAUGUGAGCUGCGCAGGACUUCGUUAGCAUUAGCAGUGUUAGCUUGUUUUGGUAAAAAAAGGAGUUCUUGAGUGAAGCGAUGGCUGCCGGAGGGACGGGCGGCAGAACCUACUCGUUCAAGGUGGUGCUGUUGGGGGAAGGCUGUGUGGGGAAGACAUCGCUGGUGCUGCGAUACUGCGAGAACAAAUUCAACGACAAACACAUCACAACUCUACAGGCGUCCUUCCUCACAAAGAAGCUCAACAUCACAGGAAAGAGAGUCAACCUGGCCAUAUGGGACACAGCAGGGCAGGAGCGUUUUCAUGCGUUAGGUCCAAUCUACUACAGAGACUCCAACGGAGCCAUUCUAGUCUAUGACAUCACAGACGAAGACUCCUUUCAGAAGGUGAAGAACUGGGUGAAAGAGUUGAGGAAAAUUGGGAACGAGAUUUGUUUAUGUAUAGUAGGUAAUAAAAUAGAUCUGGACAAAGACAGACACGUUUCAGUGGAAGAGGCCGAGAGUUACGCAGAGUCGGUGGGAGCCAAACACUACCACACGUCAGCCAAGCUAAAUAAAGGCAUCGAGGAGCUCUUCCUGGAUCUCUGUAAAAGGAUGAUGGAAACGGCUCAGGCAGACGCCAGGUUGAAGGGCAACGGAGCCAGCCAAUCAGCAUCGAGUAGGCGGGGCGUACAGAUCGUCGACGAUGAACCACAAGCCACGCCGGCGGGUGGAUGCUGCUCUUCUGGCUAACACACACACAUUUUUACACACACACACACACUCUCUCUCUGUCAUACAUGCUUGCAGACAUAUUGUCACGGUGUCGGCUCUAAAAUCUUCAAAUUAAUCUGUUCACUCAGUACCGCCUCUGCUGCUAAGGAGCAUGGGAAAUAUAUUUAAAAUGGGUUUUUAUCAUUGUUCCCUUCAAAGUAAAAGUAAUUUAUGAUUAAAAAGAAAGUGUGUUUUCAGAGAUUAAAAUUGACUAAAAUCAUGUUUUCAGCACUUUGAUUCUUGUAACUUCUGUCCGAGACGAUGAACACAGAAGCUCUCCGAUCCUUAGCUGUUCCUGUUUUUUAAAUUAAAGGAGAACUCUGACGGCUCCAGAGUUUUUCUUUUCUUCUUUGUUUCAUGCAUCCAAACAUACGAACACAAACUGUAUAAACGUCUUCAUUAAUCAUCGUAUUUAUCUGAGAAUAAAAACAAGCUUCUCGUCCUCAUAGAGGAGCAGCAGGCCGACAGCGCCACCUGCUGGAGGGAAAGCCACACUGCAGGAAACAUUAACAACACUUCAACAACUCGACUAAAACCGAAUAUUAAAACAUUUCAGAGAAGCUGCAGCUGCUUCCUGUUUCACUUCUUCUCCUCGUUAUUUCAGAAAAUGAAGCAAAAAAACAAAAAAUCUUAGAAAAAGAAAGUUCACUUCGGUAACAUUUAAAAAAAUUAAUCAAUCAACAACUUUUAAAAAAUCAUUCGGGUUAAACUUAUUUCUCCUCUUUUAUUUAAAACACUAAAUUAUAAAACUGGAGGCUCGUUAUUAACGUAAGAUUUACUUAAUUUAAAAAUGAAGAUUUGUUGGGAACUAAAUUAAAAAAUUUUUUUUUUUUUAGUUUAAUUAACAGCUGGAGGGUGUCUUAUUUUGAAAAUCUGAGAAAAUGGUGACAGUUUGACCACUUACAUUAUUUCCUCUGAAAGUUAAAUAACUUCAUGAUGUUAGAGAAUCAGAAACGGGUAAAUGUUUAAAAUUUCAUUUAUCAAGCGUCUUAUUUUGUAAUUUUCUGUCAUCGACUGAUUUUUGGUUUCAAAAUAAAACUAAAGCCCGAAGAGGAAGUGCGUCUUAAUUUAACUCCCCGUGAAAAUGUAAUUUGUCGUUUUCCCCCCAAGAUCUCGACGCAUUGAUGUCGUUAUCUCGAGAUAAAAACAUGAAUCCGUCCGGAUCUCGAGGAGACGACCUGAAAGAACUCGUCCUCUCAUAAAACAGUCAAAGGAAGUUUGUCCGCAUCGGGCUUCCGUACAAAUUCACCCGUUUGUUAAUUUAAUGAAAUCCUCUUUUUUUUAUUCCUAAAAUAAAAAAGUCUGUUUACUGAAUCAGAUCAAAUAUCUGUAAAGACGUGAAUCCAAUCAGGUCGUUUAAAGAUUUAUUGAUUAAACGUGUCGUAAACAGCCGUGACGUUCGUUCAUGUUACAAAACGACUCGACUUGUUCAGGCUUUGAGUCGAUUAACUCGUUAUCAUUUGAUUUAUUCGCUGAUUGUUUUGGGUUUAAACGUCAUGACGGCGUCGGUGUGCAGCUUCUCCUUCAUCCUCUCUCCACACACACACGCACACACACACAGACACACGCACACACACACACACACAGAGGAAUAACACCAUGCAUGUUGAUUUCUGUAAGAGGCUCUUUUUUGUUUGUUUCUCUUUUAAAAUAAUAAAAAGUUGAAAGCGAUUAUUUAAUAAGUUAUAUUCGUGUGGCCGUGAAACCUGACAUGCUUCAUUACUCGCUCUGCUCACUUUAAAAAAAAACAAACACACACGGAACAGUUUCUCUGCCACCUUCAUGAGAAACGUCGACGCCGUUUGUGUUCUGAUGGAAAAACGAGGACGGAUGAGAAAAAAGAAAAAUCUGCACUUUUUUUGGAGAUGUAAUUUUUGAAACUUCUCGUGUCAAAGUGUUUUUGUAAACAUAUAAAAGAAUAAUUAUAACGAUUUACACAACGCA